AACACCUCCUUAACGGUUCUCAUCAUCAAUCAUGACAAAAAAGGAGAGCAAAGUUUCCAGGAAAGAGAGGUCUCAAAGAUUCUCUUCCCACAAGAGGAGCAAUGACUAUGUCUAUGAGGAGGAGGAGGAGAAUCUGAAGCGCCUGAAAUUGGAUUUGACAGAGUGUAGAGUGCAAGCAGAGUGUCAAGAGAACAUGCUGAGAGAACUGGACCAUGUUAGAUCUGAUCUCAUACACAUUAGAGAGAUUAAUCAGAUGGUGAUCCAGAGAAACAUGCAUGUUCUUCAGUUGCUUGAUCUUCUUAUGCUUGUGAUAAUCCUUGAUGGGUCAGUUUCCCUAAGUUAACCGCCGCUGUAGCAGAAGGGGGAGAUGCCAAAA